UUUCAUUCAUGUAAGAGACUGCAGCAUAUCCGCAUUGGACGUACAACCUGCUAGAAACACGGAUUAGCGAGUCUAGUUGGGCUUUACCGAAAAAAAAAACAAAAUUAAGAUGGCUGAGGAUAACUCGUGGGUGUUCGAUUCCCUAGUUUGCUUUCUUCACGGUCCGGUUUGGAAUGCCCCACUGCAAACCUUCAUCGAGGACAAAUCGCUUAUUUUCGACCCGAAUGUAACCCCCGAUGAGGAUAACCCCGAGUUCCGCAAGGUGCACGACGAGUACAAGAAUCUGGUCGACUACAUGCUCGGUUCGUUUAUGGAGGAAAUGCAUAUCACGCCGGAACAGUUCGAGUUUGCCUGUCUGGAGGGUCGUAACACGGCGGCGGUAGGAGCGGAGAAAUGUCCGCCGACGCGUGCAGGGGAAACGGAAGGUGAUAAAACGUUUUCCUUUCACCAAGGCUUGUUUCAGCAGAUUUGGGCCGCCAACGAUAUUCGAAUCUUUAUCCGCAUGAUGACGCAGCGGAACGUUGAAAUUCAACUGCAGGCGCUGGAUUUGAUUGAACGACGGCAAGCUUUAUCGCAAGAAGCACCGGUUGACGCUGACGAUGAUGAUGACGAUGCGGUUGGGCAGCAGUUAGUGGAACGGGAGGUCGCAGUUGAAAGCGGGCGUGACGAGGUUGCAGAGAAAAAUACUCAUGGCGCAGGCAUUGAGCAGGAUAUUGUCGGAUCUGUGGAUGACGAUGUUAAGGUAAAGUCUUUGCCUGAAUCCGCAGAUAGCGGUCCCACAGGUGAUGAAGCGGCCAAUGUGAACGACAAAUUUCAGCGGUUGAAUUUGUUUUUCGAACAAGAUACGGUUAACAGCGACGACAUGCAAAACCGGCAGCAAUAUCUGCGUGCUCAACGGGAUAAAAUUCUACAAAUUAAAAAGCAAGCUCGGGCACGCCAGCUAAACGAAUCGAUUAAGCGAAAUGAGCGACCAGCAUCAGCACAGGUCGCCCAGAGAAUUUUGGAGGGUGACGUUCUGCUUGGUGGUUUUGGCUCAGCUCAGACGGAUUCGGCGCCCGAGUCCUCGUUGCAGCUACGCAAAAUGCUCGCUGAACGAUUGCGCAACGAGAUCGUCGAGCGAAAGUAAGAUGACUUCAUAGAUAAGAUUUAUUGAUUCGUUUUCGGUAGAACACUGCUGUUAAAUUGGCUUUUCAUUCGACGGGCCCAAAAUUCGCUAAGUCUAGUAGCAGUAUUGUGGUAUCUACAAUAAUAAUUGUUAAGAGAGUGCGGUUUCACUCCUUAGAUAUAUGUCUAUUGGAAUUUUAGUGCAUGCCUUCAGCGUAAUUCGACUAUUGUUGUGCAAGCGGGUGAAAAAUAUCCGUUCUUCUAUGAAUACUGACAAAGUUGUUUGCAAAUCAAUGGAUAGCUUUUACAGAAGAUAUAUAAACUGUGCUACCUUGUCAAAAAGGUUUUUUUACUAUUGUAUUGUCGGAAAGAAGAAAAAUCAAACAAUAUUGAGGUGCAUUGUGGGAAAACUUAAAUGAGCAUGUAACAUUGUGAAGGUCAGAUUCCGUUGUCGUUGGAUAGCAUGAAGAUACAAGAUUGUCGAGAUAUGAUAAUUAUUACUUACUAUCUAUUACUUUGUCACGUGGUGGAUGCUGAGGAAAAGUUUCAAGGUCGAAUAUCCCCAACAUUUGCAUUAUAAGCGACAGUCUUUGAAGUCUGCGUCAUGCACAUCAAAACUUGUUUGGGAGUGUGUUUAAUCACUUCAAACCCUUGGUUUUAAUAAUCAAGUAGAUUUAUAUUGGGUUUCUGGUCACUGUGAAAUAGAUGCAAAGUACUGGCGAUCGUCUCAUCAGUUCAUAGGACCAGAACUCCUCCUGUAGUCUAUCCGCUUGUUCCCUUAGUACUGAAAGCAUGGUAACUCUGAAAGAGCUACCAUCAGCUAGACAACUGAGUAGGUAUGCUAUGAUUGAAAUGAAAAACCUAUCUGUCAGCGUAAAGCAGAUAAUUCGAUCAUUGUAUUACAAGCUCUUGUCCGAGCCAGACGUUCAUAAAUAAAAAGUUUACCUCUUUCAUUUGUAACAUUCUAUAAUUAAAGAUGUUAGAGAAAAUUUUGCUUUUGCUUCUGGAGCGGCUUACAGCUACAGAAGCGGUUUUCCAUGUAAUCAGCCACCAAGGAAUUAUCCGGAGCAGAUCAUCGAGACGCUUUCGGCAACACUCAAGAUGUUUCAUCGUGACCCAGCCGCAGGUAUGACGUUCAAUCGAUGAUGUUCGAAGUAUGAAGAUUUACUCAAUGCCGACGGGAGAGAACUAAGUGGCGCAGCAAAAAUUCGCCUGCUCUUGCGGAGUCUCAGUGUUCCAGUUAACGAAAAAAAUUUGAGCUUUUUCCUACCA